CCCGAGCAAUUAGACUCUCGCGCGCAGCAAUACUGAUGUACGCUACUAAAGUGAUUUGAAUUUAUUUCGUUCCAAAAAGCAAGAAAUGCGCGGUCUAGCUUCACUAACUCCUCUUUCUAUUCUUGUUUUCUCUCUCCUUUUCAGAUCUCAAACCCUAAUUCGCUAAUCCUUGUCGCUCCUCUUUGAAAUCAAAAAUUAGGGAGGACUUUUGGCAAAAGUAAAAUCAAGAGGAAGAGAAGGGCGAGGAUGUUCGACAUUCAGAAAUGACAAGAUUCGAUUUUUUUCCGGCCAUUUUUGCCUAAGAGGCUUUCUGGAAAUGAAGAUGAUGUGGAAAAUGGUAUAUUGGGAAAAGAGAAAGAUAGAACAUUGCGAACUAGCAAAUCUCUUAAGAUACCUAACCAGGCCUUAUUGUCUGGGACGACUUACUGCAUUUCGUCCUGCAGCAUGGUACUCAUUAAUAAAUUUGUCUUGUCCAGCUACAACUUCAAUGCUAGUAUAUCUUUAAUGUUGUACCAGGUAAUUUCAACCAUUUUCGUAUUCCUAUUGGAUGCAUCAAUAAACCAUAUGUUCUAAUCUUGGGAGGCCUCAUAUUUGAAUUUAUAAUAGAAGCAAAAGCAAUAAUAUAGCACGUUUGCAAAAUCUCUGCAAAAUCUAACUGUUUUUUUUUCUUUGUUUUUGUUGCAGAACUUUGUUUCAGUAAUCAUUGUGUCCACAUUGUCCAUUUUGGGUGUUGUAUCUAUAGAGCCCUUGACAGAGAAGUUAAUUAAGGUCUGGAUACCUGUGCACUUGAUAAGAUUCAAACUGAAGUGCACUUGAUAGAAUCUUCCACUAGGAUGAUAAGGCUCAAAUUGGUUGAAGGAUGAAACUCUACCUCACACAUUUGGGGUUUUAGUUUAGGAGGAAUGAUAGAAUCUUCCACUAGGAUUUGUCUACGGAUAUCUUCUACCAGGAUAGAGUUAUGUAUUUAGGAUCUUUUCAAACUCAUGCUAGUGGGGCUCAAUCUAGAACUCAUUUAUGUACACUGUGAUUAGGUGCUGUUUGCUUUCCAUUUUCACUUUGAAAAAUGGCUUGAUUUCAAGGUCUUACCCAGACAUAUUUUUGCUCUUAGUAAAGCUCCUUUCUUUUUGUUUUCUCUUUUGCUGUCUUGGCUUCUGACCUGUCUCUUCUCUCAGGCAUGUAUUGGUUUAAUUAAAAGGCCGGCAGCUGAAAAACGACCGAGGAGGGAGAAUGUUGUAGUCUAUUUGAACGAACAGUUAACAAGAGGAAAAUGGUUAUGGACAUACUGGAUAUGACAGAAGUACCUCAGGAUGUUUGGGACCUUCAAUGUUUCAGAUGUAUCUCAUCUCCGUCUGCUCUGUACUGCAUUUCCUGUUAUUUCUCCAGAAAACGCUCUCAAGACAAGAUCCAAGAGAUUCUGUUGGCAGUUCUGGUUAUCACUAAUUAUCAGAAACAGAAUGACGAGCUUUCCAAUUGCUUAUCUGGAGAUCUGCAGGAAAUUCUGUGCAGCCUGAAGACACUAAAACCAAAUAAUAUGCCUCUUUCCAUUCUUCCGCCAAAGGUUACUGAUGCAAGCUCUUCGUCACAGAAGCCAUUUAGGUACUUGGAUCAAGUUUCUCUACCUCUGGAUUGUACUUACUUUGUUUCAGAUUAUAUGUACGGAUCCAAGGGGCACCAUGAAGCAUCAAACACUGUUUUCUGGAUUAAUUGCUAGAUAACCAAAUAUGUAUUGCAAUAAAUCUAAUGACAGAAGUCACAUAAUAGCUUAGUUAUCAUAGUUUUCUGAAA